AUGGCAGCGUCGAUUGCUUUCUCAUCGAUAGUCGAUCCGUUAACUCCGCUAUAUGAUCCAGAAGGUAUUCCUGCGAAAUGGAUCGAUUGUCCAAGAAAAUCAGCAGUCAUUGCUGAAACAUUUCUUGCAUUCAAAACCCCACUGGACGAUCGUUAUAAAAACGAUAUUCAAAAAGGAAAAUACUGGACUUGUAAAAUGUUAAUUCAAAAUGCGAACGACAAGAAUAAAAAACUUGGUCUUGUGAUCGAUUUAACUAACACCAAUCGAUAUUAUAAUAGUGAAGUUGAAUUCAAACCGCAUGAUAUACAGUAUAAGAAAAUCCGAUGUCAAGGACACAAUGAAACUCCAAACAACGAACAGAUAGACGAAUUCAUUCGUGUCUGUCAAUUCUUCGAUAUGAUCGAUAAUGCUAUCGGUCUAUUCGCAAAAGCGCGACAACCUGGUAUUUACAAGCAAGAUUAUCUAGAUAGACUAGUCCACUUAUUUGGCGAUGGUAAUACAUUGAACGUAUUUGCACCGCUGUCACCUCUAUGGCAUCAAACUGCUUCAACGACUCCAUCCGAAGGAAAUAAACGAGCACAUGAUGGAGAUGACUCCGCACAAUCUAACAAGCGAUUUCAAACGAAUUAUGAUUCAAAAUCGUUGCCUAAAUUUGCCGUUGACAUUCCAAAUGUUAUACCUGUAGGCGACAAAUAUCUUCUGGAUUCUAUUCGAUCAAGCUGCCAAAGCAUUUGUGGAUGGCAAAGACGAAGUUUUCCUGGCUCACAGCCUGUGUCAUUACACAGAGAAAACUAUCCACUCAUUUUUCUCUCUCCUUAUAUGGUUAGUUGGAAGGCGGAUGGCACUCGAUACAUGAUGUGGAUCGAGGAUAAAGACAAAGUCUACAUGUUGGACCGGAAUAAUAACGCCUUCGAAAUCCUACAUAUGUCAUUCCCGAGAACGUCCGAUGGUGAACAACCUUUAACAAAUACACUUCUGGAUGGGGAAUUCGUUACCGAUUACGUUAACAAUGAAAAAAUCUAUCGGUAUCUUGUUUAUGAUAUCAUCAUGAUUAAUAACAUCAAUGUUAGUCAACGAUCGUUCAAAGAGCGUCUCAAACUCAUCUCUCGAGAUGUCGUCGGCGUUAGAGAUACAGCCCAUGAGAAUGGCCGAUUGGAUAAACAACAACAACAACCAUUUUCAAUAAAGGCAAAAUCGUUUUGGACUUUGGAACAUGUCACGACUUUACUCAGUGAGAAAUUUCAAUCGAAAAUCACACAUGGAUGUGACGGAUUGGUCUUUCAACCGGUAGAUGACCCCUACCAAUGCGGUCGAUCUGACCGAGUAUUGAAAUGGAAGGGGGACAAUACAAUUGACUUUCAAUUGAAGAUCAUUGAAGAACAAUUUACAAAACGAAGAUGUGCAAACUUGUAUGUAAACUAUGGGGUCACACCAUUCGCAACGAUGUCUUAUUCAACUGAACUUGAACAAUACAAUAAUCAAAUUAUUGAAUGUUCUUUUCGGGAACAACAAUGGCAUUUCUAUCGACAUCGUACCGAUAAAAAAUACGCCAAUGCACAAGCUACAGCCGAUGGAGUUAUGAAUGCUUUGACAAACGCAAUAACCAAAGAUUACUUGCUUUUUCUUAUUGACGAUCAAGCUGCAGCCAACGAAUACUUCUCGAAUGCAAAUUAG